ACAUCCAGACUCUAGGGACGGCAAGCUAGUAUACGGAAAAUGCUGACACGUGUGUCCAUGGCUGUGGGGGGGCGCGUCAAACCGGCGAGGGCUGUACGCCACGUGGAAAAAUGCCGGACGCGUAUAAAAGAGGUGAAUUGUAGUGCAUUGGCCAACCGAAUUCGCGAGAUGACUCCCGCCAUAGCAAUCAUAGGCGCUGGCCCAAGCGGUCUUCUUCUUGCACGCCUUCUUCGAUACCUCGGCGACAUACCAUCCACCAUAUUCGAACUCGACCCUUCGUCCUCUGCUCGCGGCCAAGGCGGCAGUCUCGACAUCCAUAAGGAGACCGGCCAAUGCGCUCUGGAAGCCGCCGGUCUCUCUUCAGAGUUCCAAAAAUAUAUGCGAUCAGAAGCAGAUCACCUCCGUCUGACGGACAAGACUGGUUUCAUACAUAUAGACGAAGAAACGCCCGGGGAAGGGCGUCCUGAGAUCGACAGAACUCAGUUGCGUCAACUCCUCAUUGAUUCUGUCCCAGCUAAAUCCAUCGAGUGGGCAUCCAAGGUCACCAGCGUACAGCCUACUCCCGACGGACGUUUCCAAGUUAUUUUGGCGAAUGGAUCGCAAGACCCACGCAGAUUCGACUUCGUGGUAGGAGCUGAUGGUGCAUGGUCCCGCGUUCGUCCUCUUGUAACAGACGUUCUCCCCUUCUAUUCAGGAAUCAGUGGUAUGGAGGUCCGUUUCCGCGAUGUCGACACGACACAUCCGGAGAUUUCCAAGCUGGUGGGGCAAGGAAGCUACUUUUGCCUUAGCGACGAGAAGGCAUACUUUGCACAGCGUCAGGGAGAUGGGAGUAUCCGCAAUUACGCUAUGCUCCGCGCCCCUGAAAACUGGAUAGAUGAAUGCGGUAUCGAUUUUUCAAACCCGCAAGCAGCCAAGGCCGCGCUAGUUGAGCGGUACUUUGAUGAUUGGAGCGAGGCCAACAAAGAUCUUGUACGUCUAGCUGACGAUGAUCACCUCAUUGCACGCCAGCUGCUGAUGCUACCUGUGGACCACCGGUGGACUUCACGCCCAGGAGUGACGCUGAUGGGUGACGCCGCUCACCUCAUGACGCCGUUCGCUGGAGAAGGCGUGAACAAUGCAAUGGUGGAUGCAUUGGAACUGGCAGAAAAGAUGGUCGCUGCCCUGAGAGACGGCUCAGCUGGAACGAUGCAGGAGAAUUUGGCGAAAGCGGUGAAGGAAUACGAGGAGGGUAUGUUUGCCAGGAUCCAGCGCGUAGCACAUGACACCUUGGAGGGUCUGGGCGUCAUUUUCACUAAGAAUGCGCCUCUGGAAUUCAAGGAAAUGAUGGAACGACUCAGGGCCGGCGGUCACGAUUUGUAGACUCAAGACCCAGUUAUUCUCUCCCAAGCAUUCCCCGUCUUUUCUAUCGCCUAGCAAUCGUCACCAUUAAAUGGGACUGACAAGAUCCUAGUAGAUAAUAGGCAGUUUUCACUUUUGUACUACUGUAAUUGUAAACAGGUAGGUUGAUAGUUAAAGCAGAGCACAAAGUGUAAUAUUGGCGCACGCAAGAGC